AUGUACGAUGAGAGACUGCGAGUUGGGAAAGACAAUAGUUCCUUAGCCAAAGAGUCAAAAGGAACCUAUGUAAAGAAAUGGAAACGUCAGAUGCUUGCAAAAGUCAAGCAGUUGCAAUCGUAUUCGUCUUCCAACGAACCAUACCCAACCUUGGACUACGAGCGGAUGAAUAUUCCAUACGGGAGUAACCUAAACGUCUUGAGAACAUGCGUAAACCAAUCAUCUUGCGCUCAUACAAAGCCGCAAGCAAAAACUCGUCAAUGUGUUUCAAAGAUUUCGAAAUUGGGACUUAACAGUUGUUCAAGGUAUAGAAUGUCGACUACCAAUGUUGGAUAA